AUGGUAAACUGGCGAACGGCUGCGGCCGAGAAGCGACAGUCCGUGAUCGAUCUGAUCCCCGCUCCCUGGGUGAUCUCUGGUCCGCCUCCGCCUGAUGCCCAGCGGGAUAUCACGGGCGAUUACAUCCGCCAAUACCUGACGAAAGAUGAGGUCGACAUGACCGAGUCCGACGUGUCAACUAUUCUGCGCCACGUUCGCGAGGGCCAGUGGAAAGCGCGCGACAUGGCCGAGGCUUUCUGUCACCGAGCCGCGCUGGCCCAUCAAAUGACGAACUGCCUGCACGAGAUAUUCUUUGACGCGGCCCUGGACGAGGCGCAAAAGCUGGACGAGUACUUUGCGGCGACGGGCCAGCUCAAGGGACCUCUUCACGGUCUGCCGAUCAGUCUCAAAGACCAAUUCCAUGUGCGGGGUGUGGAAACAACCAUGGGCUACGUCGGAUGGAUCGGCACCUUUCAGGGACGAAAGGGCACCGGCAAGGAGAGGGUGUUCGAGAGCGAACUCGUGCGCGAGUUGCGACAGCUCGGCGCUGUUCUCUACUGCAAGACAAGCGUGCCCCACACGCUCAUGUCGGGUGAAACGUUCAACAACAUUGUAGGCUACGUGCCGAACCCGAAGAACAGACUGCUGACGGCAGGCGGUAGCUCUGGCGGAGAAGGCGCGCUGCUCGCGCUCCGGGGGAGCCCGCUCGGCGUCGGGACGGACAUUGGAGGCAGCAUCCGGUUUCCGUCUGGCUUCAACGGCCUGUACGGACUGAGACCGUCGAGCGGCAGGUUUCCGUACGAGGGCAUGGCGAACAGCAUGGACGGUCAGAGCUCUGUCCUGAGCGUGCUCGGGCCCAUGGCCCACUCGGUCGAGGCGGUCAAGGUCUUCACGGAAGCCGUGCUCAGCCAGCAGCCGUGGCUGCAUGAUCCGUUGGUGGUGGAGCUUCCAUGGCGGGCAUCCCUGUUCCAGAACACGGUCGACAGUCCCAAGCCUCUUGUGUUUGGGAUUCUUGCCUGUGAUGGCUGCGUUUCCGUGCAGCCACCAGUCCAACGCGCGAUGAAGAAGAUGGCCGACACUCUCAAGUCGCUCGGCCACACCGUUGUGGCGUGGGAACCUCCGAGCCACGAACGCGCAAUGGAAAUAGCGACGCAUGCGUAUCUGCUCGACGGUGGGCGUGACGUGUUUCGUGCGUUUGCGCUGUCGAGGGAGCCCAUGUCGAAACCGAUUGUGCGGACGUAUGGUCUGGCAGGAUAUGAGGAAAGCAGCGGCUCGGAAAUAGCGGCUCUCCAUGUGAAGAAGCGCACAUACCAGAAGGAGUACAUGGACUACUGGAACAGCACGUCGGCGCUCACCGACGCGCAGGAGGCUGUGACGGCGGUGAUUGCUCCCAUUGCGCCGUACGCGGUCCCUCAACAGGAGAAGUUUGGCUACUACGGAUACGCGACGUUUGUCAAUGUUCUCGACUACUCUGCCAUAACAAUGCCGACGACGACGUGCGACCGGGACGUCGAUGUAUUCGAUGAGCACUACGUGCCGAUGAACACCGUGGACGAAGAGGUGUGGAAGGAUUAUGAUGCCGACGUGUACCACGGGGCGCCCGUAGGCCUGCAGUUGAUCGGCAGGCGAUUCGAGGAAGAGAAGAUGCUCGGCCUGGCCACCGUGAUUGCUCGCGCCUUGCAGAGCGAGAGUGGAAGCGAGUGA